AAAAUGAGUACAGUUGAAAAAACUGUCACUUUUCACGAGUUCGUCCGCUGGUUGUCUUUCUUGUCAUUUGGCUUUUUCGUUCAUUUCAAACUGAAAUAGCAAAUGGAUGGUUUUGAAUCCAAUAGGCAAAACGAGUUUAAAGCGUUUGCAGCCAUUGUGCAGUCACUAGGCUCACAAAGUUACAGUGACGGUGAACUCGAGUUUCUGGAUACUGCUGCAAAGUUUUAUAAAAUCACACCUGAAAGAUAUAAAGCCGAAGUUCGGUUGAAAUCCUCCUUGCGGACUGAUGCAGAUCUGUCAAAUCCGAAAUCUAUCAACCUGCGACAUACAAUAACAGAGGUCAACGCUAAAGCACGCUCAAUAGCGGAUCAAAUCAAAGACCAGUUAAAAGGUACAAUAGUAUCCAAAUCUCCAAACAAUGACACAGUAGAAACUAAAACAGUGAUGACAAUCGGGUCUAUAAAAGAUACGUCAGAUGUUGCAGUAGAAAACAAGUCGGCGAUUAAACCAGAUGUUGUCGAAGCUCCUAAUUGUGAUAAGCAGAAACAAGAGCAGACAGAUGUGCUGCCAGUUGCUUUGAAAAUUCUGGAAUCGAAAUGUAUGAAAGAAAGAAGAAACUACUUAACCCUACCGAGUGGCGUGACAGUGUCGCUACAACGAGGAAACAGUUUAAUGGAGAAGCUGGGAAUCGAAAUGCUGAAACCCACCCCGCUACCCCAAACCCAAAUUAAGAUGAAGAAAGGUCUCAUGAAUGAAUUGAUUCCCCCGGUGAAGUCACAAAUUUCACUGACUACUUCAACCAAUGAGUCUAAAUUUGGUCCAAACAUGUUAUCUGCUGUUGACGCUGUCGUGAACAAUACAAUCUCGCAGAGUAAGGUUGUAGUCAAAACAGGCGAUAUAAGCCAUCCUAAUAAUAAGCGAGUAUUAGUUGAAAAGACUGCUUCACCAUCUCCUGGGGUUUCUGGGAAUCCGCAACCUCAAAGGCAAAAUGAUAUGCCAGGAAAAGCAAAGCGUGCAAGAAUAGGCAGUGUUUCGAACGUUGCAACGUCUAGACAUCCUGUAAACAGCUCAAUGGGAAAAGGAGUUUCAGCAGUUUCAGCGAAAAGUUUCAAUCCUGGGUCGUCGUCUGCUAUGGCGGGCUUGGUUUAUUCGCCCAGUUCGAAUGCCACUCAAGCGACAAGAGCAAUGCCAGUUAUCAGAACGGUCGCUGAUCAAAGUGGUGUGAACAAUAUUCAUACUGUGCAUUCCAUGGUGGAUGUUCAUAGGCGCUCGCCCGGAAGUCUACCUGUGAUGGGCAGAUCUGUUAGGCCAGUGGGUGAUGCAAAUUAUCUGGCAGCUUCAUAUUGCAAGUAUGGGCCGGCAGAUGAAGACGAAGAUGAUGAUUCGGAGCCUGAAUUCGAUACAUCAAGAUUCAACACGAACAAUAAUCCUUCAAGUGCAGUUCCUCUGAGUAGCAGAUCAUCUAAAGGUCAGCCAGUAAAUCAGCAGAAGCCAAUGGCAACAGCAACGGUUGUUAAUAGUCAAGCAGCUCCUCAAACUCAACAAACGCCUUUGCAUAAUCAGCAUCACACAGCGAUGCCUGAUCACUCUUACCCUCCAAAUAGCAAUUUGAGAGCUCAAAAUGACCCUAGUUGGAGUGGCAAUAAAGAACACCCUAUGCAGAUUCCUCAUAAUAGUACCCCAGUUACAUCGACUAACUUUGAUUUGACUUCAACCUUGGUUCACCCCACUAUGUUGCACACUUUGCACCCGCGAUCUGCAGGAAGUGUAGGCUUAGUGCGAGGUGGGCUUGGUCAAAAUGAGCUACAAGAGGUCGCAGGUCGACAACUUGUCCUGUCCAAGUCUAAUACCAACAGCCGUGUCAUUCAUCCGAACAAUGCGCAUGCACCUGGAAGCAGUAACAACCAGACUGAACAGACGCAGACUAGGGCCACUCAAAACUACUCGACCAUACCUCAGUCCGCAUUAAACGAAAAAUACCCCUUUAUCAGACCAAUAAGUGCCAGUCAGUUGGCUCAAUCUGGCCAUUCCAAUUUCGCGAACGCGAAUCAGGGCCUGAGUUCGAAUUCUCAUCCAGGAGAACAACACUCUUUCGUAUUGAACCAACCCAAAGUGGUCCAGAGGUCCCUAACUAAAAGUGCAAGUGGUACUGCGUCAUACACUAUCCGACAACAGCCCACUUCGCCCUCAGCUCAGGUCGGAGCUGAUAGUAGUGUGCAGCAACAUUCACUUCCUCUGAGCGCCGGUGUUACAGUCAAUAAGAUCGAUCGUCAGCUUAUUGGUGGUAGUUCCCAAACUGCAGUACCAGUCCUUCCCUUGCAGAGAAAAGUGGGCCCUGUCACUAAUGUCCCCAAAGCUAUCAUCCAACCGACCACUAAUCAAGGUCAGCCGCUGAUGCGCAACCUGGAUGCACGUCAAGCUGUACUCCCGAAAGCAGUGAUCCAACCGAACGCGUGUCACACAUCAGGUGAUCAAAAUGUAUAUCGAGUCAUGGGACCGAGAGAUCCAGGUACCGCAAAUGUCUCCAGGGCGAGAACAGUUGUGACUACGAGGCCUUUCAGUUCCAACCCAAGCCAUCAAAGUGCGUCUACACCAGUAUCCCAUUACUAUGUCCAGACCAAUUCAUCCAGCCAGCUGAACCCCAACAGUCACCAAGAAAUGAAUCAAGGCGUCCCGUCUGGAGGUUUGAGUACAAUUAACCCAGUGGCGUUGCAACAAUUAAGCGUGAACUCUUCUGCUUCGGCUCACAGGCAACCAACGAGUUCUGAGAAUACCCGAAUUACCCUUGUGAAUGUGGCACCCAAUAGCGGGAUGAUCACCAGUUCGUCCCAGAUUACAGCAAAAGAGCUAAACAAAAACUUGAUUUCACAACAAAAUCAGAUGCAAAUGCGUGAACAACAAGCUGUGUCAAACGGAAGUAGUUCAAAUGCUACGCCAGUGAGCUCAGCGAAUCCUUUGAGUAGUAGUGCCAUAAAUCAUUUCAACAAUAUGAAUCAGCCAUUCAUAAUUGUGCCUACAAGCACUCCCAGAUCUCUUUCCGAUACGACGAGAACUUCAUCGUCCUAAAGACUUCAGUUAAAUUUUUCUUCGGUUUUAUUCAGACAGACAUUCAUGGCGCGAUAGAGUUUUUUCGUAGAUGUUUUUAGGGACUGAAUUUGAAAAACACCCGUGAAAAGAACUAUCUUUUAAAGUUUACCUCAAGUUUCUUCCAAGGAUUUCCUUGACGGCUGCGUCGAGUUUGACUGUUUGAAUUGUGCCAUCGUUUCUUUAAAAUAUCUCUGUAAAAUUGAAAUUGAUUUUAAAUUUUAGCCGCGUUCCAUAAUUCGUUGCACAAUAUUUAGUGUCGUUGCCGUUUCUCUGCAAUUAGUUUUUAUACUUAAUUAGAAUUCAUUUAUUCUUUGUAAA